GCACAGAGAAGGCUCCGCCGUAGAAACCUGGAGAAGACUCUGGAGUUUGUUCUGUGGAAAGAAUAAAAAUGGAGAAGGUUAUAUGUUAUUUUAGGGUACCGUUAUAUGAUUUAUAAUGAUAUGGAGAGAAUUCCACGGAUUUUAAUCUGCCGGGUUUCAGAGAUUACACCGGACACUAUUUGAAUCGCUGAGGCUCGUUCGUUCCGGUGUGGAAAAGCUUUUGUUGUGCAUGGAAUAAAAAGACAACAGGACAGAAAUAACCUGUAUGCAUUGUUCAGUGCAACAAGAAUAAGAGCAUCGGCUGGGGAAAUGGUUUGUUUCGGGCAGACAAGCCGUGUGCGGCGCACGCGCCGUUACGCGCGUAGCUCACCGGUCACCUGUUGAAGUUGCUCGGUGAACUGUUUCACAUUUUGCUUUCAAACGGGAGGAUCUACUUGAGCGCUCUAACAAAUGCCCGAUCUGUCUUCCGGUCUGUAUGAUGCACUGAUUCCCCAUUAUGUUGUAAGAUGAGCGCAGAUCUGGAGCGCGUUUCGCUCAACACACCGGCUAACUCGGCCGGCUCGUGCGGCCGUGCGCUCUCUGCAAACGUCCGGAGGCUCCACAGCUCUCUCAACCUGCUGCUCAGCGACCAGGAGCGAGAGCAGUUCAUCCACUGUCUCAAUGCGUACCACGCCAAGCGCAACGUCUUCGACCUGGUCCAAACCCUCAAAGUGAUUCUCAACUCGCCCGGCAAACGGCAGCUGCUGCCCAUGCUGCGCCUGGUCAUCCCGAGGUCCGACCAGCUGCUGUUCGACCAGUACACGUCCGAGGGACUCUACCUGAAGACAGACCUCCUGCCCAGCAACGGCAGCGCGGAGGGCUUUGGAGACAAGGGCGACUCAACUCUGCAGAAAUAUGUCAGUUCCAUUCAUGAGCAGCCACUCAUCUCGGACAUUCAGGACGGUUUCAGCGCCGCCGCGGAGCCGUCGGCUCACAUGGCCCCGCCGUUCUUCGAGGGUCCCAUUGGAGAAGUGCGCAAAGUCACCCUGACGCGCUCCAGGAGUCACGAGGGUCUGGGCUUCAGCAUCCGCGGCGGGUCGGAGCACGGCGUGGGGAUCUACGUGUCCCUAGUGGAGCCGGGCUCGUCGGCCGAGAGAGAGGGACUCAGAGUCGGGGACCAGAUAGUGACCGUGAACGACAUGAUGUUUGACAAUGUCACUCACACAGAGGCUGUGAAGGUGCUGAAGGGAUGCAAGAUGCUGGCCAUGUCAGUGUGUUCUAUGGGUCAGAUCCCUGGAGGCUACAUCACCAACCACAUGUACAGCUGGGUGGACCCUCAGGGCCGUAGCGUCUCCCCACCGCCCGACAGACAGGAGGCCAACCAGAGGCAAGGGCCCGGCAUGGAGGAGAGGAUGGUAAAACUGAAUAUGGACAAUGGUCGUUCUCUGGGCCUGAUGAUCAGGGGUGGUGCUGAGUAUGGACUGGGGAUCUACAUCACUGGAGUGGACCCUGGAUCUGCUGCAGAUGCUGGUGCACUAAAGGUGGGUGACCAGAUCCUGGAAGUGAACUGUCAGAGCUUUGUCACCAUCUCCCACGAUGAGGCAGUUCACAUCCUCAAAACAGGACGCCACCUGCUGAUGAAGGUGAGGGACGUUGGUUGUCUGCCUCAUGCACGUGCAGUGGUGGAUGAGACCAAAUGGAUCUGCAGUGAGGCCAUAGCUGAGACCAAUGCUACAGCUAACCCAAGUUAUGUCACCAACCCCACUGUCAAUGCUGGCAUCCACGCUAGUAUCAGUGCUAGUACCUGCAGUACAAGACCAUCCUCAGCCAGAGCUACACCUGUAUUAGGAAAGCCAGCAGUAUACAGAGGUGUGGGCCCGCCAGGUUCGCAGGUGUCUCUGGAGCAGCAGGCCUACAUGCUUCUGACGGAGCCAGAGAGGCAGACCAUGGCCUACUACUUGCAGGAGUACCAGGAGGGACACAUAGGAGUGGAGCCGCUAACCAUGGCUCUGUUUGAGCUCUUCAACACACAUGCAAAGUUGUCCAUGUUGUCUGAGGUGAGGAGUCUGGUGGCUCCCCCGGAUCUGGAGUUGUACGACAGGCUGGUGUUACACCAUGAGAGGGAGGUCCACCAGGCUUGGCAUGGAGGCCUGGGAGUGAUGCAUCCGCAGGGCCCCUGCAAACACAAAGCAACUGUAAUCCAUGAUGCAGGACACACCGCCCCUGCUAUGGAUGAAAUGCAGGCUUCAGGUGAAUCUCUUCCACCCUUCAGGAUUGCUCCUCUUCAGGCUCAGAGCAGGCCAUCCAGGGAAAAGGAGCUCAGCCAGAAGCCUUCAGCCCAGCUGGUGCAGGCCGGCUCUAGCAUGCUCUUCACUGGCCCCAACAGGCUGCUCCAAGAUUGCCUCCACAAGUCGCUCAAAUCCCUCCCCACCACCCACCAGCCCUCACCAGCCUCUGCCCACCACACCUGCACUGGUGCCAUCCACCACACUUCCUUCAAUGCACUCCAUCACACCUGCCAGAAUUCUUUCCAGCUCUCUGACUCUGAACACCACAACCACACCCAUUUCGCUCAUUACUUCCACAACCAUGCUGCCCACCACAGCCGACCCAGUUCAGGACACCACACCUGCCCAGGCUUCCUGCCCCAAUGGAAUUCUUCCAGCUCUGCUAAGCCAGAAGCAUCUGUCAAGCUCUCUUCCAGACCCAGCUCCUAUGAGAAGUCCUCCAUCUUGUCAAAGUCUACGUCCUCUUCCAAAGCAGCAUCUCCCAUGCCAUCCCCUCAUCCAUCACCCCGUCCCUCACCAUGUCCUUCCCCCUGCCCCUCUCUCAUCACACCUGCUGCUCCACCCUGUAGUCCUGACCGGCCCUGCUCACCUGCUCUCACCCAGAAAGUCAUCAUAACAGAUAUGAACCGAUUGUCUGCAGACUCCAGUCCACAGCAAAGAGGUACACAAGUCUGGGCCACACUGUCCCAGCUGUCAGACAGUGGCCAGACUCUGAGUGAAGACAGUGGGGUGGAUAUAGCCGAGGCAGGAGGCCUCAGUAAAGAUGGCAGCCCUCGACCCAGCAAGAACCAGCAGGGCCAGCCAGGGGCCCACGCACUUCUUCCAGGGGCCACCAGACAAACUGGCUCACCGGUCCCAGCACCCACUGCUACCCUGGUACGAGUGAUGAAAAAUGCCAACACCCUUGGCAUCGCCAUAGAGGGGGGAGCCAACACACACCAACCUUUGCCACGCAUAGUCACCAUUCAGAAAGGAGGCUCGGCCCAUAACUGCGGCCAGCUGAAGGUGGGUCAGGUCAUCCUGGAGGUCAACGGCAUUUUCCUAAGAGGUCGGGAGCACAAGGAUGCUGCCCGGAUCAUCGCUGAGGCCUUUAAGACUAAAGAGAAGGACCACAUUGACUUCCUGGUGGUUGAGCCAGGACUCUAGUAUGAGGAUUUUGCACUUUAUGCUGCUUGGUUUAAGAAGACACUGAUCUACUGCUUUGAGGGAACCUUCUGAACUCCACAUGAUCUUGUCCUGUAAUCAUGGCCCUCAUUUUUAGGUAUUUGUUGAUUGCACACUACUGAGAUUUGCAAAAUUUUAAUUUAUUAAAGGAUAUUACGUUAAUAUUUGCCAUUGCCGUUGACGUAAAACUAUGCAAUUUUACAUAAUUAUGGACCAUUAUUAUUACUAUAGAUAACACCCAAAAAGCGUAAAGCUAGGCACCUAGGGUACGUAAUGUAUUUCAGAAGCAUUUUCUUUUAUAUUUGUUGAAAUCCUCUUUACAUCCCGACAGCAAUCAAUAAAUAAAAAGCUCUGGGGAAAAAAAGAGAAAAAAUCUGUGGCUAUCUGUGGCUGUCACAGGGCUGUAAUAAGCCUGUAAUCAAUCAAUUGGCUGGCCUACCUGCCUGUCUGUCUGCCUGCGUGCACUCAUUGUGCAUGACAAUGUGUUUUGGGGGAGUGGCUUUGGAGGGAG